AUAUUAUUCAAUAUCCUGUAAGCAAGAUCAACGGAAUCGAGAUAUUUCUGGAUAACAUUUUGUGAGCAUUAUUUGCGCACGUUGCAACCUAGCUGUGUUUUUAUAUGCAUUAGGCCUGUAGCCUAAUAAAGCUACUUUAGAUUGAUUCAAUGACAUGCUUUAAAAAUAAUGAGGAAGUUAAACGGCUUAACCGUGAAUUGCUAUCAACCCAAUCUUCCACCAAGGGCAUGCGAUAUUAAUGCGUCGGCCUAGCUUAUUAUUUUAAUCAUGCAAUGUUGGCAUGCACGAACAGUGAGCUGUACUUUUGCAAACUGACUUUGGCCACACCUAAAUCCUGUCCUAUUUUUCACAAAAAACGAAGGCUUUUCUCCUGGAGCAUUUGUUUGUGUGCCGGUGAGUACCCGGCUGUGAAACAUGAUAGGUCUAGGAGGUACCAACGGGGAAUAGGGGAAUGUAUAAGGCAGCAAUGGAGCAGAAUGGGCUACAGUGGGAAGGCGCUCCCAGCUGCUCGAGGGGCUCGUUCGCCUUCUACAAAUCGGUGAGCUCGCGUCUGGAGACGGGCUGCCCCGGCCCGGUCUGGAAGUUGGGGGGGUUCUACUUUGUGCGCUGCGGCCCCCAGGAGCCCGUGUGCAUCGCCGAGGUCACUCUGCUGUGGGAGGACCAGAAGCAGCGCCACCUGCUGGCCAGCUCCAGACUCUACUUCCUACCGGAGGACACCCCCAAGGGCAGGACCAGGGACCACGGAGAGGAUGAGGUGCUGGCGGUGUCCAAGAGGAUCGUGGUGCGGGUGGACGACCUGGCCAAGUGGGCCUGCGCUGAGCCUCCUGUGUGGAGAGGAGGCGGCGGGCAAGAUGACCGCCUGGGUCAAACCACUUCCUCCCUCACAGACUCCCCACAGCCAAAGGAGGACGCACAAGGUGUGGGUGAGGGCUCGUGUGUGCGUGUCCUGAGCUACCCCCAGUACUGCCGCUACCGCUCGAUGCAGAAGCGUGUGCAGGAGCUGGGGGGCUGGCGGCGGCUGCAGGACCCCCACAUCAAGACCCUGGAGGAGAUCCGCAUGGUGCAGCAGAGCGCCCGCGUGCUCUACUGCAGGGACACCUUCAACCACCCCACGCUCCACGCCAACGCCUGCAUCCUCACACAGCUCGGAUUCUCCUCCAUCCGUUUGAAAGGAAGGCCUCGCAAGCGUCGAGGCCGAUAUCCCAAAGUGCCCGAGCAGCCAACCAGUCAGCAGUCCGAGUCGUGGAUGGAGCGGAUGAACGAGAACGUGCUGGGCAGUGCAGAGCUGCAGUGGGCCGGGGGCUGGCUGCAUCACCCGGAGGAGCAGCUGUUCCUGGAUCAGCUCUUCAGCUUCAUGGAGCGCCAGGGAUCACCCAUCAGCAAGGUGCCCAACCUGGGCUUCAAGAAGAUUGACCUCUUCCUCAUGUAUUCCGUGGUCAAGAGGCUGGGAGGCUAUGAAAACGUGACGACCCAGCGGAUGUGGAAGACGGUGUAUAACGAGCUGGGCGGGAGUCCAGGGAGCACCAGCGCGGCCACCUGCACACGGAGACACUACGAGAGGCUCAUGCUGCCCUAUGAGCAGUUCAUGAACAGCGGCUCCAAACCCCUGAAGACCCAGGAGACUGUGGUUCCCAUCAAGCCCAUGAGGGGGCGCCCUCCCCUCCACCUCAAGAGGCAGAAGACGAAUGGAGUCACUCCUCCACCGCGGGUGGUAACGGCUGACGGUUUGGUGGUGGUCCGGCGCGGUCGAGGACGUCCACCAGGCCGACGGAAAGUCCUGGCGGCCAGGGCCAACCAGGGCCGGCCCCCCCUGCAGGCCAAACCUCCUCUCAGCCAGGGGGCGCUAUCUCCCCUUCCUCCUCAGGGUCCCCCUGCCCCUGCUCUUACUCCUGCUCAUCUCACUCUCCCCCAGAAGCAGAACCACAGCUCCCCCCUCCACACUCAGGUCCACACCCCCGUGUCCUGCUCCCCCACCUCCACCUCCACCCCCACCCCCACCCUCGCCCCCUCCCGCCUGCCCUCCACCCCUCUUCCUGCCCCUCCAGCCCAGCCGGAGGAGUUGAAGCUGGAGCCUCAGGAUCUGGCUCCCCCUACACCCAGGUUCAGUGGUCUCUCCCAAGCAUCACCCAGAGAGCCAGUCCCCCCCGUGCCCCAGUGCAAUGGUCUCUCUCAGGGUUUCACCCCUGCUGCUGCGGCUGUGGUGGUUGGCACCGGUGGUGUGGGCAGCAGUGCCUCUCCGGCCGUCUUCAGCCCAACCAGGGGCCUGUGCCCGCUGGACCUUUUCCGUACCCGUCUGGGCCUGGGCACCCUGGCAUCGGGCGUCCCUCUCUCCACCCCUGUGCCCAGCAUGCACCUCCAGUCCCCGCUGCGCCCGCACACCAGGCUUCCUGCCCUGCCGAGCCCCGUGGCCUCCACCCUGGCUGGGCCUCUCACGGACCCCCACCCCCCUCCCCAGCACUCAGGGGCCGCAGAGCCGGGGAGCCAGGGAGCUCCGAGCAGCCUGGACACUCAGGGUGGAGGAGGAGGAGGAGGAGGAGGAGGAUGUGGGGCGGUGCGGUCGCAGUCUCCGCUGCCUCCUCUCCGGAUCCUUCCGUUGGAGCUGGACUGCAGCGUGCAGGUGCGUCAGGUGCUGAUGCGCGGGAGCCUCGGCUCGGACUGCGUGCACAGCUUCACCAAGAGGCUGAGCGAGGCGCUCACGCAGGACCUGGAGUCGCCACGGGCAACGCCUGCCUCGUCCUCCUCCUCCACCUCCACCUCCACCUCCACCUCCCCCGCCGUAGCCAUGGUGACGCAGGCGGAGCCGCUGAAUCUCAGCAGGCGGGGUGGACUCAAGAGGUCAGCGGGAGACGACGCGGAUCCGUCCCUGGAACACGACAGCAUGGACGACGGCCCGUCGUGGUCUCCUGCUGCCAAGCAACCGCGGCUGGACGCGGACGGCCUCCCGCUGAAGCCCAACGGCGGCGUGUUCCGCUUCCCGCUGUUCCAGGACCAGCCGGCCGACCUCAGCCUGCCCUGCCGCGUCCGAGCGCUCCUCAGGGAGAGCCGCCGCCUGACCGCCAAGGGCCCCGACGCUGCCGCCGAACCCAUGGACACGCUCCCACGACCAGCCACCACCUCCAACAGCGCCCUCUGCAGGCCUGGAGACAGCCCCGCGGUGGAGGAGCAGAAAGAGGCAGCAGGCCUGGGGGUUCCCCUAGCUGGAGUCAACAGCGCCGCCUGCAGGCCUGGAGGCAGCCCCACUAUAGAGCAGGAGAAUGGGGCAGCAGGGCUGGGGGUUCCCCUAGCUGCAGUCUGCCCCACGGUGGAGGAGCGCAGUACUGCACCUGAGCUGGACUGCCCCCUGAGUGGGGCAGGAAGUGGGGGUGUGGAGGCAGGAAGUAGGGGUGCGGAGGCAGGAAGUGAGGGUGCGGAGGCAGGAAGUGGCGGGGCGGACGGAACACUGGACGCAGGGCUUGGUGGCGAGAGCCUCGUGGAGGUCACCAGCAAACAGAUGAAACAUGGCAAAGGUGACCACACACAGCUGGCCAAUAGGGUACUAGAUACUCAGGACUAUGUUGAGCUGCCCAAUGGGAAGCUAGACACGCUUGGUGACCACAAUGUGCUGGCCAAUGGGGAUUCAGAUGCCCAGGGCAGCCACAGGAAGCUGGCCAAUGGGGAGCCAGACGCUCAGGCUUAUGAAAUGACACUGGCCAAUGGUAAGACAGACAUUAAAGAUGACCACAUGGCACUGACCAAUGGGGUGUCAGAUGGUGACCAUGACGACAGAGCCCUGACCAAUGGGGAGGGAGAUGCGGUGGGUUCCUUCAUUUCACUCAUUCUGCCCGACUCCCCUCCCCAUAGCCACUGCAACCCUGUCGCCAGCACUCUCCUGAGUUAAACAAACACACACACACAAACACACAAACGGAUAAUAAACAGCUGAAAUAAUCACUCCUACUCUACACCACACCAUCACACAGAUGCUGUACGUCAACAAACGCCUUAUCCGUCAUUUCCUCCAUGUGCUCUCUUUGUGAGGUCAUUUCCUCCACGUGUCAUAUGUGAGGGAGACACAGACACAGGUGUUGCUCUCUUUCCCGCACUACCUUACCUGUGGACACAGGUGUUGCUCUCUUUCCUGCACUACCUGGCCUGUGGGCAAAACGGGAAGAACAGUACUUCAGGAUGAGAUGGACUUUCUGUUCAACAGUACUCCGUUUGUCUGACAAGGGAUCAUGCGACUCCAAGAACACUAAAACCGUUCCAGAUGCUUCACACGAAAGCAUUCUUCAUUUUUUUUUUUUCCCUUUAGUUUUGGAACAGUAUUGGUAUUGUUUUGGCCAGCGCAUGUGUGUGUGUGUGCGCUGGUGUGUGUGCGCUUAUGUUGUCAUCUAUUCCUACUGAACUCCUCUCAUUCAGCGUGUGGGAAGGUACACACACACCUUCGUGUCAGCUGUACUGGUGCUGAUAGAACUCUACAAUUGCCUUUGUGCCUGAACCUGUGUGAAUGUGUGUGUGUGUGUGUGUGAGAGAGAGAACUUGUGAUUGGUGUGGUGUGUGUGUGUGU